CCUUGCAUCAAGAAUUACUUCCCCUUCGGUAUUCUAAAAUGGCUGACAGUUCGUCGGACGAGGGAAACGCAACGGCAGGAAUGACUCGAUACGACGAAUUACCUGAAUGGAGCGACAUUUCACCAGUACCUCAGGACGAUGGACCAUACCCGGUUGUAAGGAUCGCAUAUACAGAUCAGUUCCAACUCGUGUUCGACUAUUUUCGAGCCAUUGUAGCCAAAGAUGAAAGAAGUGAAAGAGCGCUGAAACUGACCAAGGAUGCGAUCGAGAUGAACGCUGCCAAUUACACUGUUUGGCAUUAUCGUAGGCUUCUACUGAAAGACUUGGACUGUGAUUUGAAAACUGAACUAGAAUAUGUGUCUGAGAUAAUUGGGGAACAUCCCAAAAAUUAUCAAGUAUGGCACCAUCGUCAGGUCGUUGUUGAGUGGCUCGAUGACCCGUCUGAAGAAUUAGCUUUUACAGCUUCCAUUCUGAGCCUGGAUGCUAAAAAUUACCAUGCCUGGCAACAUCGACAAUGGGUGCUAAAGAAGUAUUCUCUAUGGGAUCAUGAGCUGGACUAUGUGGACAAACUCUUAAAGGAGGAUCUUCGGAACAACUCAGCAUGGAACCAACGCUAUUUUGUCAUCAACAAUACAAAAACAUUCAAUGAGAAAGUAAUUGAAGAGGAAAUACAAUAUGCAAUACAAUACAUCCGGCAAGCCCCACAUAAUGAGAGUUCUUGGAAUUAUGUUAAAGGGAUCCUAAUACCAAACGGUUUACACAAUUACCCCCAACUGUUGGAUUUCUGUCUGGAACUCUUAGACAACCACAUCACCUCCCCGCAUCUGUUAGCAUGUUUAGUGGAUAUCUAUGAGAGCAAGUUAGAGAAAGAUACUGGAAACAAGGAGAUUUUGACGAAAGCACUAGAAUUAUGUGAUUCUCUCGCCGUGCAGCACGAUCCUGUCCGCCAGAAUUACUGGAACUACGUGGCCAAGUCGAUGAAACUGAGAUUUAGUGAAGACACCAAAGAUGAGAAAAUGAACGAAUCUAGCUAAUAACAAUAAUAGUAACAAUAAUUAAUAAUAAUGAUGAUGAUGAUGAUGACGACGAUGAAGAAUUCUAAAGUUUAAUCAAAAAAUUUUACGUUCUUUUUUAAAUGAUCACUUCUAAAAAUAUUCUCCUCUCACAAAAGAACGUUGGUCGCUGAAGAGGAGGAAGCUAAAGACA